GGGGCCCCCCAGAGGCACCUCACGUGACUCCCCAUUGCCCCCUGCCCAGCCCCAAGGCCCCUCAGCCACUUGCCCUGUUCGCCCUCUCUCCAGCUUGUUCUCCUGGUCGGCAAUCGAGCAGCAGACACGCUGCAAAGAGCUGCUUUCCUCCCGCCUCUCAGCUGAUCGGCGGGUGGGCGGGGCUUCCACGGAGGUCUGGUGUAGGCCUCUGUGAAUCCUGAACUCCAGUAGGGCCCAAGCCAGCCAGGAAGGAGGAGGCAGCCAGAGAGGCCUCCACUGUUCUCUGCAGCAGAAGACCCCCUGCUGCCAGAUUACUGACACAUAUACUUGUGUGCACUGAUGAAACACAGCAUAAAAAGGACUGAUGCAACUUAUCUUUUAUCAUAGUAAAGGAUUCCAGAUAAACACAUUAAAACGGUGUGAGAUGGACUAAUUUGUACACUCUGUUGACAUGUACAAUGUACCCCCUGAUGUGGAGGCCACGUGUGAUUACUUCAUGUGAGGGCUGUUUCCACAGGUAAUUCCAACUCAGACUCUUACUAACUUGUUUCUGACUGACAGCGAGGACAAGGAGUCUUGGGGUUCCAGUCGAGGGGGAGGAGGGCUUUCAGAAGCAGACAUAUAUACAUUACCUGAAGGGCACACAAUCUCUGAUGAAGGACCAUCCAGCUUGUCAUGAGAGAAACUUCAAGAAAGGAAUUUGAACUUUGCUCCUUUACAGGUUACUCAAAAUACCUGGGAAGGAAAGGCUGCUGAAUGCUGAUGAGAUUCUGUCUACGAAAGAAAAAUAAAGGUCUGAGGCGCUGACAAUGGAGGCCACCCAGAUUAACAUGUCACAUACCCCACAAGUGAAUGGCAGCAUCAGUGCAAAGCUGAAGAGAUGUAAGCCUCGUGUGGUGUCAAAAAGUGGUCACAGCAAUGUGAGGAUUGACAAGGUAGAAGGCAUUUACCUGCUUUAUCUUCAGGAUCUGUGGACCACUGUCAUCGACAUGAAGUGGAGAUAUAAACUUACCUUGUUUGCUGCAACUUUUGUAAUGACUUGGUUUCUUUUUGGAGUCAUUUACUAUGCCAUUGCAUUUCUUCAUGGAGAUCUGGAAGGGAACAAAUAUCCACGCAAGCACAUCCCCUGUGUCAUGAAUGUAGACUCAUUAACUGGGGCAUUUCUCUUUUCUUUGGAGUCCCAGACAACCAUUGGUUAUGGCUUCCGUUUUAUCACUGAGGAGUGUCCCCAUGCCAUUUUCCUCUUAGUUGCUCAGCUGGUUGUCACAACACUGAUUGAGAUCUUCAUCACUGGGACCUUCCUAGCCAAAAUUGCCAGACCUAAAAAGCGGGCCGAGACCAUUAAAUUUAGUCAUUGUGCUGUCAUCACUAAACACAAUGGACAGCUUUGUCUUGUGGUCCGAGUGGCAAAUAUGAGAAAGAGUCUUCUAAUUCAGUGCCAGCUGACUGGAAAACUUCUACAGACCUAUGAAACCAAAGAAGGAGAGAGAAUCCUGCUCAAUCAAGCCAGUGUCAAAUUCCAUGUUGAUUCCUCAUCAGAGAGUCCUUUCUUGAUUUUACCAUUGACUUUUUACCAUAUAUUGGAUGAGAGCAGCCCUUUAAGGGAUCUUACAUCUCACAACUUAAAGGAAAAAGAUUUUGAACUUGUUGUCCUCCUGAAUGCCACAGUAGAGUCAACAAGCGCUGUCUGUCAGAGCCGAACUUCAUAUAUUCCGGAAGAGAUCUUCUGGGGUUAUGAGUUUAUGCCUGUGAUCUCUCUGUCUCAGAGUGGAAAAUAUGUUGCAGAUUUUAGUCAGUUUGAGAAAAUCAGAAGAAGUGUAGAUUGUACCCUGUACAGUAUGGACUCAGAAAAGCAAAAACUCGAAGAGCAAUAUAGGAAGGAAGACCAAAGAGACAGAGAACGCAGAACAAUGUUUUUACAGCAAAGCAAUGUUUGACUACUCAUCAGUCACUUCCUAUAACUAACAUUAUACAGUACUGCAUUGAACCCUCCCCCUAUAAGUGGAAAGGGAGCAAAGUUUUGUCUAAACAGCUGUAUUGUGAAGUGUAUCUACUUCAUUAUUGGAAUUCACUGUUAAGUAUUUUGUUUAUUAGGUGAAGCUAUUUUUGUGUAUAAGGUGAAUUUUUCUUAAGCUUUUACCACAUACCAACAUUCAUAGCAAAUGUAUUGCAUUUCAGUUGAUAUGUGGAACACAUUUCUUCAGCUAUUUAUUUGAUAUAGUUUAGUUCUAUACUUACGUAGGAUAAAGAAGUUUGAAGGGCUAUGUACCCUUUUUAAUGGAAGGUGUUUGUUUGCUUAGGUUUCAUAUUAGUUAAGAAAAGGAAAAUACCAUUCAUUCUAUGAGAAAAAAAUAGUAGAGUAGAAAUCCAUUUUAAAAAAACCUUCAUUGAGAGAUAGCUGUUUGUACAAACAGGCAGCCUCAACAAAUGGCUGCUGCAAUGCAGUAAGGGCUUGGGAUAAGCUUUGAGCAAAAUACACUCAAGUCAAUGCAGACUCCCAUCUAAGUAGAAUCCUCAAAUCUGCUUAGGGGUUAUCCAAACACAACUGUCUAUAGAAGCUUAUCUCCACUUGACCAGUGUAAAUUUUUAUGCUAUGGCUGAAGACUAAAGGAUCAGGUUGAAGGGGUAAGAAAAAGAAAAAGCAGACAAAGACCCAGUAUUGCCCUAAAUCCUCUUGUCAUUUUUGGCAAAGAGCAGGGCAAGAAGCUCAAUGGAAGCCAUAUAUUUACCAUAACAAUUUGUUAAUGCAGGGGUUCCAAGACUGGGUGGCCAAAUGUUGGGCUACAACUGAUAUCAUCCCCAGCCACAAUGACCUUUGGCUAUUGUGUCUGGGGAUGAUGGGAGUUGUAGUCCAACAACAUCUGGGAGUCCAAGGUUUGGAACUCCUGUGCUAAGGGAAAGUCUUCCCUUUCACAAAAUGCCUACCUAAAAGUCCACCAGCUUCUUGAUUCAGAUUCCAGCAUAAUUUCUUCCUGAUAUGCAGGUCUAGCAAAGGGGAACCAUCACUUAUCCUGCAACACAGAUGAUCAGGCUAUAAGUUUAAAUAAUUUGAAGAUAUUCUGCCCUGGAAUGCUAUUUUCAAUUAAAGGGGGGGGGGACCUUUGAAGGGAAGCUUUUGGAAAGAUCUAAGGAUGGGCUUGAAAACAGUUGCAGAAA